CCCUUUGUGACGCGUUUGCUUGUGACCUUCCGUCAAAUCACGUCUUAAAAUAAAAUCCUAAGUUAACUUCACACAGGCUUAUAUAUACGAAUGAUUACCGCACUCACAAGCCAGUAGUAGUGUCUGAGACGCCUUCCUGACAGCCGGCGUGCCCUACCGAUACCCCGCAGUGAUUGUAAACAUGAUACAAAUCACACUUUACAUUGCUCUAUUUGUUAUCAAAUCAAUUGACGGUAGAACAAUAGAUCAAUACAGCCAUAGAAGAGAACAACUGAUACAGGAAGAAAUAGCUUCAUCUCUCGGUGGCAGAAUAGUUUUGAACAAUGAAGAGAAAACAGCGAACGGUAUACUCAUGUAUUGGAAGAAUAAGGAGAUUGACGAAUCAUUCCAUAAUCCUGCGUACUUUAACUUCUCAAGACAUUAUUUCACCUACAAAAAGUACAUGGAGACUUCGAAGGUUUAUCAGAUUGUUCGAAAAAUGCCCAAAGGUGCGGCUCUACAUGUCCACAGCUCCGCGAUGCUGCACGAGGACAAUUUGCUGCAGCUGACGUAUGAAGACCACUUAUACGCUUGUUACACUAACAAUGAUUUAAGCCUACGCUUCUCAGACACCGUUCCCGUCCGACCUUGUCCAGUUAAAUGGUCACUGCUCACUGAACUCAGAAAUGCUUCCGGUGACGUCACAGCAUUCGAUCAGGAACUCAAAAAACAUUUAACUAUGUACACGGAGAAUGUUAAAGAUUUCGAUAGUGAUAUCAAUAAUGUUUGGAAAAGAUUCAAUCAAGUGUAUACAGUAGUUAAAUCGUUGAUUGGAUACAGGCCGGUGCGAGAGAAGUUCUUCUAUGCGGCCUUGAAGAAUUUCUACAAUGAUAAUGUUAUGUAUGUCGAGAUAAGAAGCGGACUGCACCAAUUGCAUGAAUUAAAUGGGACGUUGCACGAUAAAAUGUAUUUAGCGCAGUUAUAUAGAGACGUUGCAAGUAAAUUCAAAGAAGACUAUCCAGAUUUUCAAGGAGUGAAAUUGAUUAUGACCAGGCAUCGGACGGUAGACUUAAAUCAAUUGCGAGAAGCGCUCGAUGUCGCUCGGCAACUUAAACGCGACAUGCCUAAAAUGUUCGCUGGGUUUGAUCUAGUUGGCCAAGAGGACUUAGGGAAACCUCUAAUUGACUUUCUACCAGAGCUGACUAAGGCCAAAAACGAAAUGGACUUCUUCUUCCACGGCGGGGAGACAAACUGGUACGGAACGCCAACUGAUGAAAAUUUAUUCGAUGCUAUUCUUCUAGGAGCUAAGAGGAUAGGGCACGCCUAUGCAUUAGUGAAGCAUCCAAGUCUUCUAGUGUCAGUGAAGCAAAAAGACAUUGCCUUGGAAGUGAAUGUGAUAUCAAACGCUGUGUUAGCGUUGGUGCGUGAUGUGAGGAACCAUCCAUUAGCUACAUACUUGGCUUUGGGUCUACCAGUGGUGUUAUCAAGUGAUGAUCCAGGAUCGUGGGGGGCUGCCCCACUCUCCCACGACUUUUACGUCGCCUUUGUCGCUGUUGCCAGUAAGCAUGCAGAUUUAAGAAUGUUAAAGCAACUCGCAAUAAAUUCCAUAAGAUAUAGCGCUUUGAAUGAAAAUGAAAAAAUACAAUCGUUUAAAAUGUUCAACCAUCAUUGGAAUAGGUUUAUUAAAGAUAUUAUAAAACACGAUAAACAAAGAUAAAAUGGUCAGUAAUUUAUUAAUUUAUAACUAAGAUAGCAUCCGUUAUGGAUGUUAAAUAUAAUUUUCCAGUUUACAUUUUAACCUCAUUUAAUUAUAAUUUAUAUUUUAGGUAUAUUCAUAUUUAGUUUACGGAGUAACCAAUUAUUAAUACGUAAACAGUACUAAAUCUACUAAUAUUUCUUAAAGAUAGUCACGAUUUAGUUAACUUGUUUCAUAGUUCCUAUUACGAAAAAUAUUAUUUGUGAAUUAAUGGGAAUAAAGACUUGUAAGAUAUAUUAAAUUAAAAUAAUUUCUUGCGUAAAAAUAUGUUUUCAUUUUCCUAUAUGUCAAUAAGUAAAGUUCCUUUAUACAUUUUACAUUGGAUUUUAAACCUGGCAUCUAUAUUAAACUUAUAUUAUAUUUCAUAUCAUGUGUAUGUCUCGGAUGUAGGCAGUACCUAUGAAUACUCAUCAAUUUAGAAUAGGUUAUCUUGAUAUUCACUAACCUAUAGGCGUUACCUAUCAAACCUAUUUUUCCAACAAAAAUGUCAUUUAAUAUUUGUAAUAAUAUCAUCACUCGAAAUCACAAAUGUUUAUUUAUCAUCUUGUUAUGAAGAGUUACAUUAACGUCAGAGAUAGAACAUAUAGAUUUACGACUCGCGACCUAUGGCCUAUAUAUUAGCUACUAGCUUUCGCCUACUGCUCCGCCUUGCUUAUAGCACCUACUGCACCUGCUUAGAGCACAC